AUGAACCAGCUUGGAGGGAUGUUUCUCAACGGAAGACCUCUUCCAGAAACCAAGCGAAGGAAAAUAAUAGAGCUGGCCUCAGAAGGAGUGCGUCCCAGCCAGAUCUCCAGGAUCCUGCGGGUUUCCAGCGGGUGCGUCAGCAAGAUUCUCACCCGCUUUUGGCGCACAGGACGGGUGGCGCCCAAGACCAUCGGAGGAAGCCGCCCGAGGCUCCUCACGCCGGGCGUCAUCUCCACAAUCAUGCGCUAUAAGAAUGAAAACCCGACCAUCUUUGCCUGGGAGAUCCGAAAGCGGCUUGCAGCGGCACGAAUUUGCAAAGCUGCCAAAGUUCCAAGCGUGUCGUCUAUAAACAGAGUUUUAAGAAAGAUCCAAAUGGGACAUGGAGCGCUGAUCAUAGAGCUCAACAAUGAACAUUUCAAAAUAAAGCUUGGCCUCAUCAGCUUUUAUGUCAUGGUAGAAGCAGAGGUGAAAGAGCAGGACAGAAGCUGUUCUGAACAGAAAUCUAAAGGAGGGCAGCACAGAAACCGCACCACCUUCACCCAAGAGCAGAGCAGAGCACUUGAGCAAGGUCUGGUUCUCAAACAGAAGAGCAAAAUGGAGGCGGGAGGUCAAGCAAAGCACACCAUGUAA